AUUGAUCGCCUCUACGGGUGGCGAGCGGGCACUUGUGGAUCAGUUCAAGAGGGGUUGAAGAGGCAAGCGAGUGGUACCAGUGACGAGUUCCACAUGCGCUGGACCAGAGUUAGAGUUCAGUUUGCCGAGCUAGGGCUGAAUACGGGUCUUUAUUGGGAGCUUGGUCGUGGCGAAAAAAAGGAUAUUUCGGUGGUGCCGGUGUCAGCACUCACAGGGGAGGGCGUUUCUGAUUUGAUUCUGUUACUGGCGACCUUCUGUCAACGCUUCCUCCCCAACCGGCUAGCAGUGAAGCCUGGUCCCCUUAUCUGUCGUGUGCUGGAAGUACGCGAAACUGUGGGAAUGGGAGUGUGUGUGGACGUCAUCCUAGUGCAGGGGA